GACGUCAUUCGCCCAGCUGGAUUCUCUGUUUACCAACUAAGUAUACAAACUAAUAAUUACAUAGAGAGCUUCCAUAACGUAAUAAGAACAACCAUUGGCCAGCAUCCUCCGAUAUGGAACUUUUACGAUAGACUGAGGAAUGUGGAGAGCAGAGUAUGAAGAAGAACUCAGCAAGUAUUAAACGGCCAACAGGUCAUUAAAAGUUAAAAAAUUAACAAUAGAAAUGUAUAUAAGCUGAAGACAGCGACAUGGACAUAGACGACGACUUAGAUAACCAAAUCCCAGAAAUAGUAUUAGAAAACAACUGGAAUACAUACUGUAAUACUUUUAGCGUCAUUCGCCCGCCUGUCUCCAACAAAGACCAUCCAGUUGCGACAGACUCGGACGACCCGCAGCCGUGCUCAUCAUCAGGUCUGAAAAGACCGCGUUCAGACUCUGUUGAUGAAUAUAAUGUAAAUGCUAUACGUUUGGAUAUCAAUUGUGUCAACAAGAGAUACAAAUUACCACAUAUUAACGGUCGCACAUCAAAAUGUCAGAAAUGGCUGAUAUGGGAUCAUCUCAUUUUUAAGAAGGGUGGCAUACAUGGCAAGAGGUUAUCGGGAUCGGCAAAUCGGUCAAAUGGUUCUCGAUGUGAAUAUACCGGAAAAUCCAAUUUUGCUCCAGUCUUUGUCACCACCACAUCAAGAACCAGCAAGAUUACCUAUAGGGAGAGGUAGAGGUAGAGGCACAGGUCGGGGUAGAGGACAACAGCCUCGACGUGGUAGGCCGCAAGUUACCAGACCGCAACUACCGCCACCGCUUCCAAUUGUA